AUGGCCACCACUUCAGCGUCAUUAUGUGGAGUGUGCCAUGGAGGCGGUGAAGCAGGGGAGUGUGCACACCGCCACGUAGGGUACGCCAUGGAGGCAGUGAAGCAAGGCAGUGCAGCGGUGGGUCUGCGCAGCACCACGCACGACGUGUUCCCCAAUUCUCCCCACUCCAUCCCCUGCCCUUCCCCACGUGUGCGCUCUGCUCUACUUCCCCCCUCCUCCCCACCAGGUGGAGUGGAGUAUGCCAUGCAGGAGGUGAAGCAGGGCAGUGUAGCGGUGGAGUAUGCAAUGGAGGCGGUGAAGCAGGGCAGUGCGGUAGUCGGCCUGCGCAGCACCACCCACGAGGUAGAGUACGCCAUGGAGGCGGUGAAGAAGGGCAAUGCAGCGGUGGAGUAUGCAAUGGAAGCAGUGAAGCAGGGCAGUGCAGCAGUGGGGUACACAAUAGAAGUAAUGAAGCAGGGCAGUGCGGCGGUGGGCCUGCACAGCACCACCCACGCGGUGCUGGCGACGCUCAAGCGAGCGGCGUCCCCCCUGGCGUCGUACCAGCGCAAGAUAUUCCGCGUGGACGACCACAUGGGCAUCGCCAUCGCUGGGCUCAAUGCUGAUGGCCGCGUGCUCUGCCGCUUCAUGCGCUCCGAAUGCUUGUCUCACAAGUUUGACUUUGAGUCGCCUCUCCCGGUGGGUCGCCUUGACUCUAUGGUAGCAGACAAAUCUCAGGCCGCCAAGACGUACCUGGAGCGCAAGUUUGAGUCGUUCGGGGCGUGUUCGCUCGACGAGUUGGUGCGACACGCGCUGCUGGCUGUGAAGGAGUCGCUGCAGGAGGGGGAGCUGAGUGGAGCCAACUGCACUGUUUCUAAUGUGGGUGAGGGGCAAGCGUUUAGCAUUCUGACUGAUGUGCAGGUUCAGGAGCAUAUAGAUAGGAUGGAUAAGGAGGAGGGUGGGCAGGGAGGGGCUGUGAAGGAUGAGGUAGAGGUGGUGGAGGAGGUAGAGGUGGAGGAUGUGGAGGAGGAGAAGCCAGGGGGAGGGGAAGGAGGGGAGGGUGGUACAGGGGAGGGGUCUGAGGGUCCUGCUCUCGAGGGUCUCGACUCAUGA